AUGUCAGAAGAUAAUAAUAAUAAUAGUGAUAAUGAAUCAAUUUCAUCUUCAGCAUCAUCAUAUUUACCAACAAAAGAUUACUUUUCAAGUUACUUUGAUCUAAAUGUUCAUGAGGUAAUGUUGAAAGAUAAACCAAGAACAUUGGCCUACAAAAAUGCAAUUGAACGUAAUCAAAUAGACUUUAAAGACAAGGUUGUUAUGGAUAUUGGUGCAGGUACAGGUAUUCUUUCAAUGUUUGCAAUUAGAUAUGGUUUAGCAUCAAAGGUUUAUGCAAUUGAAGCAUCACCAAUGGCAAAUUAUUGUAAUCAAAUCAUAGAAAAGAAUGGAAUGUCGGAAAAGAUUAAAGUGAUUAAUAAAAAGGUGGAAGAUGUAACAAGUGAAGAUUUGGAUGGAUUGACAAGUGUAGAUGUGAUAGUAUCGGAAUGGAUGGGAUUCUAUUUACUACAUGAAUCAAUGUUGGAGAGUGUAUUGGAUGCACGUGAUCAAUGGUUAAACAAAAAGAGCGGUAUCUUGUUCCCAACACACGGUGAUAUCAUCAUGGCACCAAUCAAUGUAAAAUCACAUCUUGAUGAAAAGGUCAACUAUUGGGACGAUGUAUAUGGUUUUGACUAUUCCAUCUUUAAACCAAUUGCCACCGAGUCACUUCCAUCUCCAUGGAUAGAACAUUUAGAAUCAUCGGCAGUCACUGCCAAUCCAGUCACCCUCAAAUACAUUGAUUUCACAACCAUAGACAAAGAAGAACUUAGAUCAAUUGUUUUAAAAAAUAUAGAUUUCAAGUUUGAUCAUCAAUUGGAACCUUCUAAAACUACUAUUAUUCAUGGUUUCUCAAUUUGGUUUAAUUGUUAUUUUAUUGGAUCAACCAAUCAAACAGUACAACUAUCAACUGCUCCUGGACAACCAGCAACUCAUUGGAAACAAACAAAUAUAUUAUUACCAAGUGAAUUGAAUAUUACUGGAUUUGAAAAUAUUCAAGUUAAUGUAUCAAUGAUUCAAGAUUCUGAAAACCCAAGAUUAUAUGAUAUCUCUAUAGAUUUUGGUGAUGAUGAUGAUGAAGAAGAAGAGGAACAACAAGAAGAGGAAAAUGAACAACAAUAA